AAAUUCGCAUGAGAAACGUACUAGCAAUCGCUUAGCUUUCGCGGUAUACAUAUAAACCGGCAAUGCAAUGAUGGUCAGUCUAUCAGCUUUCGUCAACCAUUGACUUCUGGAUACGAGUAGAAAAUUAUAAAAAGAAAUAUCAGAAUUUCCUUUGUUCGACUGCAUUAUGCGAUAAAAAUUAAUACAUACCAUAUAUAUAUAUAUGUAUUUUUAUUUCUCCCGAAUUAUAUUCGAAUUCGUUUAUUUCUAACUAAAAGUUUGCAUAAGAGACACAUUAAAAUGUUUGCUAAUCCAGAUGAUCUUGGAGGUUUGGAGAUGCUCUUUAAAAUAUAUGAGCCAACAAUCCAAAACAAGUCCGAUGUUGCUAUACUUUUCACACAUUUUACAUUAUGUAUCCAAUGCAGAAUGAACUGCAUCGGUUUGGGUGAAGAGAAUCAACCACCACCCGAGCACAGUGAAGAACAUUGCGCGUUAUUGCCAGAUGGUUGGAAUGAGAAGACAAAAACAUAUGCACUGCGGUAUUCGCUACAGGACACGAUUUAUAUUUUGGCUGCCAAAGAAUUCGAAAAACGUUUAAUUAUCAAUUUGACAGAGUCAACAAGUAAACGCAGCUCUUCGAUUUCAUUAGAUAUUGACGAACAAAUCUGUGGAGUGGAGUACAACCGAAACAAAUUGAAAACAUUAAUACCUAAGGCUGAAUUGCUAGCUGAAAGAUUGCAGAAGCAACUAAUUAAACCACUAUUAGAGCCGAAUACAGAGACACGAGGUACUAGAGAAUUUGGCAGGCAUGUUGAUGAAGAUAUUCCAACAUUAUAUCAAACUAAUCUUCCAAGAAACUAUUCCAGUAUACGCAAUAAUUUGGCACCGACUCCAUAUUUUGGUCUAACUGACGUUGGACGCCGUGAUUUAGAUCCGCUUGCAAGAAGUGAUUUUAGCGGCAAUUUAUUUACAACCGACUUUCGUGACCCACGAGGGAUGAGACCACGCAUUUAUCCGACCACUCCGUUUUCAAAUAAUCGUGGCACAAAUCCAAGUUUUAGUCAUUUACAACCACCAGGUUGGGGCAAUAAUGAUUUUUUGUAAUAAAAUUCUAUUAUUUAUGAAAACUAUGUAAUUAAUACCAAAGUAUUACAUACAUACAUGUAUGCAUGUAUAUGGAUUAUUGCUAAAUAAGGUUUUACAAUUGAGUCGUUAAACAUAUCCAACCUGCUUAGGUCCACCAUAAGACAAUUUUGGGAAAUUGUGGUUAUUUCUUUUCUUGUUGUCUAUUUCAAGUAGCUUUUGCAAAACUGUGUCAAUGUUUACAAAAUUGAUCUUGAAAGCAAUUUGUGUAGAAAAUAUUCUUUAAAAUUAAACCAUAUUAAAAAUAAGGAAGUCUUAGGCAGUUUUGACUCCUAAGUGGAGCGGUUAUUGGGGGGGAAUAACCUAGCGUUAUGAGGACUUAGUUCCCGCCAAUUAAAUACAAAUUGGAUUGAAAGCACUUUUAAAAUAAAAUUUUUGAUAAAAAUUAAUAUAUUUGAAAAUGGGAAUUUAUCCAAUUAAAUGAAUUGCAACAACUCUAGAAAAUUGAUGAAACAUAAAAGAAAAUUAGAAGUUGUACGAGGUCCUGACCAUGUGAUAAUUUGGACUGUAACUUACUAAUAAAUGGCUAUAAAUUAAUUUUAAAUAAAUAUAUUAAUCGAAACAUAACAUAUUUGGAGGAAUAAUCUGGCGUUUGCAGGUAUGUAGUUUCCCUGCCAUUUAAUUUAAAACAAAAAAUUGUCACCAUUGAAUAAGUUGGUAUUAUUAGAUACAUUUUUUUUUAUCAACAUUAAUUAGUCACAUUGCUUUAGAGGAAACUCGGUCAGUGUGUAUUGCACCAAAAAUAUUGAAAAUUUGCAUCUGUAGACUGAGGCAGCUUUGAUAUGUACCGACUGAAUUACAUCCUUAUA